UAUCCUGGUAACACACUCUCACACAUACUAUAACUAUAUUAUAUUUUAUGAAAUACAGAUAAACUAACAACUAUUGAUUUUCAAGUUUACAUAAGUCGGCGGGUUCGCGGUCAUAAAAGCUGAAUGAAUAUAUGAAUUUAAAACAGGAAAUGAUUCAUAGUGUCUGGAGAUUUUGUUUAUACUUUUUAAAAGUUGCAAAGUUGUGCAAAUAAAACAUAAUAAAAUGAAUUUGCUUCAGAAAAAUGUGCUUCAAGGAUUAUUCAUCUGUCUGUUAACAGAAAUGAUUGUUUCAAAACGCUCUGACAAUAACAAAGAUCAUGCAAAGUGGAAUGUAAACUAUUACCCUAAACCGACCAGAGGUGUCAAACAUUUAGACAUGAACUUGAAAUGUAGUAAUAAAUACCAACUGAUUGACGUCGAGGUCAUUGCUGGGAAGAAAAUGUUUGAAGACAAUCAGGAAGAAUAUGUGUUCGGAUAUACACCUUCGCUAAUCUUCAACGUUAACAACUGCUAUUGGAACCAAGGUUGCACUAUCACACUCCCGCAAGACCUUAUGGUCACUUGUGUUACUGUUAAAAAUACAGAUGGCAAAGGCGCCAUUGUUGUGCCGAAUGAAGGGUUCAGUUCUAAAACAUGUGCAAUGGAAAAUGUUCAGUUUCUCAAUCCAGUGCACGCCAAAUGCAUAAAAGUAAAGGUUGUGAAGAAUAUUUGCGAAUUGAAAAAUGGGAAACCUAACUGCACGAAUAAACUUCCAAAACGGAAAGGAAUGAUAAAGAGUCAUGAGUCAUUCCCAUGGAAUUACAACGAAACGUACCGAAACCUUGUGUGGAAAUAUAACUUUCCUUUGACAGACAAGAAACAGAAAGUACUUGUAAUUGGCUUAAAAUCCGUACACGUAUGCGAAGACGAUCGCUUGGUCUUAAGAACAAACAAAGGGGAAAUGGAUAUUGCAGAAAUGGAAGAAAACAAACAUUUGAGUUUUAAAAAACAAGAUCAUGGAUUUUUAGAUCUAGAAUUCAGUGUAGCUUCAGACAGCAAGGGGUGCGGCGGAUUUCUAAUCUGCUACAACGAGAUAAAGAAGAAGGAAUUAAACAGAUACGACGGGAAAAAGCGAAACGUGUGUGACAACCUGUUCAACAAGAAGGCUUUGAUUCCUAAGCUUGAAACGACGGGAGUGCCUUAAAAUUAAAUGCUUCAGCGUACAUUCAUACAGUUCUCCACUGUCAUUGUAUAUUUUUCAAUCUGCUACAUUUUUAACAGUACAACGGCCUACACAGCAUAAGUAAAUGAUAUACUGAUAGCCAGUCACUAUGAAAAAGCACGAGUAUCUUAUACAGUAUUCCAGGAAAUCCUCAAUUUACUUUGUAAAUAGCGUUCUUUUUUACCAUUUUGUAAAAUUCAAAGUAAUCAUGAUUACUUCUUAGAGACAAUUUAUGAUAAAACGAAUCAGGAUGAUUGCAUAUACAAAGGGUGUUAAAAAAUCCGAAAAGUGAUCUAAUAUUUUUUAUUUCUGGUCCUAUUGUGAUAAAAUUUGAAAAUAUGGAUAAGACUAUGUUUAAUGCGAAUAUUUUACAAAUUUCAAAACAUGCACAUUAUUUAUUUAUCGUCUUUAUGGCAACGCCACUACCAGUGAAGCGGUUCAGCGUCAUUGUGACCGAGUCAUAAACAAAUAUUGUUCAUAUGGUAUUUCUGUCGUAUUGACGAAAUGAUGAACUAUGAUGUAUCGAUCCGUAUCUAGCAACAACGUGACUGAACUUUAUUGUCCUCUGAUGUUUGAACCGCGGGUCGUCGGCAAUAUUCUCCUGACCACUUUUAAAGCUCCCGUACCACCAAUAAAGUGCUGUUUUCUAAAGGACAUUGUCCUCUAACCCUUAUGCAGCAUAACAAUGGUCUUUUCUCUGAUUUUUUUAAAAUUCAAAAUACAUAGAGGAUAUUA